CAUGACAGCUGUGUGAGCCGGUUAACAGUUACUGAGAGAAGUAACGAGAGAAGCUCCAAACUAACGGCCUCGGACGUGUUUUAAACCAUUUAUGGACUUGAAAGAUUAUUUUCCUUUUGCUAUUCGUGGAGGCAUACUAUGUUUACUACUGGUCUAAUUAUAGCCCCAGCUGGCUGGAAGAGGACUCACACAGGGCUAAAGGUCACUUUAUGGAAUGGAGUAUCACUUGGAUAUUCAUUGGAGGACUUUUGUUGAUGUCGUUGUUGUCUUUACAGACAGAAAAUUGCUCUAAGAUAUCCAUGCCUGAUCAACAAAAUUGAUGGAUCACUGUGCUGCUAACCAAAUGUGAGGUUAUUUAAGCUACAGAAGUAGGCAAAAUCCUGUCUGAACUCCAGAAUGUCUAAUAAGACAUUCAACAUGUCCACCGACCAAGUUGAGAGCACAGUUCCUCAACCCAACAGAGAGACCCUAUCCCCCGAGAGUCAGUGCAGCAACUCGUCACUGUCGCCUUCACCUGACUCCAACAGCAGUGUUUCCAACCUGAGUGACAGAGAAACCAACAGCUCCCCUGACGUCAACAUGCCGGAGUGCUGCCUCAGGGACUCCUACUCCUACAACACCACCUCGCCGCAGGAUAAAGUCUUGUGUGGCGUAAUCAGGAACCUGAACCCAGCUUUUAUCGCCACACCUGUUGAUAGCAGUGUGAAUUUCUGGAAUGAAAACUUGAGUCUGAUGAGCAACCAUGCAACUGGAUUAGAUAAGUACCCGACUUUCAAUAUAGACACAGAGGAUGGAAGUAGCAGUGCAGUGAUUUCUCCAGACUCUGCCGGUAGGGAAAGCCAACUGAGUUCAGGUGGGACUUCCCGUUGCGGAUCAACUGAGAAUGACUGCUGCUCCCUGAGCUCUGGGGAAAUGGUAAUAAGGAGCAACAGUUUUUGUCAGGAGAACCAGUCACUCUUGGUUGUCUCUUCCCUGGAGGAGUCGUCCAUCUCUCUGGCUGCAGGCCAUCCAGCAUUCCCCGCUGAAUCUAACCUCCUGUUAACCACUCUGCCGGAGGUACUUGGAAAAUCCACAGAAAGACUCACAGAGGAGAAUAUAGACCACCUGAUACUUGGCAUGACUUUCACUCAGGAAGCUCUUCCCACUGAGGAAAAUGAUAUGGCAGCAUCCACCUCUCCUGUAGCUCUGCCAAGUGAGAAUGAGGGUGGUUGUUUGACGACCUUUCUCUGUGAAUCAUCUCCUGCAGAUUGUGGAAAAGAGGCUCCGUUUCCUACUGCUGAAGCAGAGCUAUUGUCCCAAUUCUCUGGCGCAUUAACACCUGUACAAGGCAAGACUGUUUUAUCCACUCUGUCAGCUACACAACACACUGAUACGAACAUUCACACUUCCACUCCAGUGCAAAACAUUGGGAACAUAAUGCCCAGCCUCCCUUCCUUUUCAGAGUCUUCCUGCACUUCAAAUGGAAGCAGCCCAGGACUUCACCCUGUUAAACGGCAGCAAAUCUCUGUGACUGCUAACUGUAUGGUUGCAGGACUGCCCCCUUCAGCCAGCAAAGUCAAGAAAAUGGAAAUUAAAAAGUUUCCCAGGCCAAACUUUAGCAGCGUAAAAUCAAAAGUUGUGACGAGAAGUGUGCAUCAAAGGUCGGUGUCAGGCCCUGCUUCACUGCAGAGACCAUCACAAGUGAACAAUAAACACACUGAAGCAGAAGCAAGAGCACCUAUCAAGAGUAGUCCUGCCAAGUUUAGGAUUAGUGCAGCAGCUGUCUUCACCCCAACUAAAACGAUCAAUGAUGCUCAGAGACGAGUGAAUACAGGGGCUGCUAACUUGGGCGUGACAUUUAUACAGUCCUCUGGACAUUCUGCUGUGGAUGGACUGGGGAAGAGUAGAGCAUCCCCACCUUUCCAACAGCCAGCUGCAAAUAAACAUGCUUCAGCAGUCCAAUGCAGUAACGCCAGCUCUGAAGCAGAAGAGGCAGCGCUGCAUUCUGACUACACAAGAGAGAUAAAGAGGAUCAGCCUGACAGAGUCUAGCAAAUCAACAACAGCGGGAGCCUCCUCGGAUGAGCGUAGGAGCAGAUUUCAAAGACUCUCAUCUCCUAGACAAUCAAGAGGAGCACCACUUUCACAACCUCCAGCUGCCAGUCCCAGACCAGCCACUCCGUCAACCAGGCGGGGCCAGGGAGCCCAAUGGAGGGAUGAAUACAGGACCUCCAAAGCUGUGGGGACACCACAGUACAAGCAGAAGAACAGCACAGGCAGUCAGAGAGUGCAGGCAACAGGAGAGCCAUCCCUUGGAACGGCCUCAACAGCAAGCAUUAAGCUUCAACUCAACGGAUCCCGACCUCCUCGGCCUUCUCCUAUGGGCCCUCCUCCUACUUCUAGACUACCACGCAAGACACUGCGGCCAUCCAGGAGCCUUGCUGAGUCCAGUGUCCACAGUGAGCUGAGUGAAGGUGCCGGGAGUACACAAGUUUCUGGAGGACCUUCACAUAAACCAUCCCCUUUCAAAACUCUGCUUAAAGCUAGACUCAUCACAACCCCUGGGGAAAACACUGGACCAUCUUUGGCCCCAGCAUGCAAACCUGCUGCUCCCACCAGCAAGGGCACUUCAUACUCUACAGUCAGUCCUCUGAGAAGGACCUCUUCUGCAAGACUUGUUCGUCUAAAUUCAAGUGGACCUGUGGACCGCUCCCGCCAGCAACACCCUCCGCAGCAAGCGUCCCAACCGAACCAGCGUACUGGGCCGCCGGAUGUGUUGCCAGUGAGUAACGCCGAUGGGAGGCGGAAGGACCAGAUCAUCCAGCAGUUCAGGGGACUCCUGGCAGCUGGUAACUGCAGAUUUCAGGCCUUCGUCAUCGUCUUGCAGCGAACCUUGGCUGAGCGUGAUGAAGCCACAAGGCAGUGCAGGGAUCUGUCCCAGGAGCUGGACAGCCUUCAAGGAGAGCUUGUGUGCUCUGUCCAUUCAUCUGAACGUCUGGAGAAGGAGAAGGAUGAGUUGCGUGUUGCUCUGCAGACUGCACUGCAGGAGCAGCAGGAGCAGCAUCAGAAUGACCUGGCAAAGCUGGAGCAGAGACUUCAGGCCUUCUACCAGGGUGAGCUGGACAAGGUCCUCCUCACAUACCAGGAGAAGACAGACCAGUGCAAGACCCUCAUGCAACAGCAGAUGGGAGAGCUUAAAGCCAGCCAUGAAGCCAUGAAGCUGGAACUAGAGAGCAGCCAUGCAGAACAGCUGCAGUCUGUCAAACAGCAGUAUGAAAUGUCACUGGAAGAGCUCAGCAAAGUCCACAAUCAGGACCUGCAGUCCUUGGAAAGAACCCUGAAAGAGACGGGAGCCGCUCUAUCUGGACAGAUCGAAGAGCUCACUGUGGAGAACAAUGCCAUGAUUGAGAAGCUAACUGCGAUGGAGAACAGGAGGAAACAGCUGGCCGAAAAGAGUCAGAAGGACUCCCACACCCUGUAUCUGGAGCAGGAGCUGGAGAGCCUCAAUGUGGUGCUGGAUAUCAAAAACAAACAGCUCCACCAGCAGGAAAAUAAGAUGAUGGAGAUAAACACACUGACAGAUAAAAAUGUGAAGUUGGAUGAGAACCUUAAGAAGGUCCAGCAGGAGAAUGAGGACCUCAAAGCCCGCAUGGAAAGACAUUAUGCACUGUCAAGACAGCUGUCGACGGAGCAGGCGGUGCUGCAGGAGUCCCUCCAGAAGGAGUCCAAGGUGAACAAGCGUCUGUCGAUGGAGAAGGAGGAGCUCAUGUGGAAGCUCCACAACGGAGACCUGAGUAGCCCCCGCAAGGUGUCCCCCACCUCCCCAUCGCGGUCCUUCAGCCUCCAAUCACCUCGCUGCUCGGACGUGUUCUCCAGCCCUCCCGUCUCACCCAGAUAAUGAUGGCACCCUGCUUCCAGGAAGCACACCCUAUCUUUGGAGUUAUCCCUCUAGUAUUAAGAGCCAUGUUUUUUUUUUUUUUUUUUUCCCUGGUCGCUUAGCAACACAACAGCCUGACUUUUGGCGUCUUCAGGAUUGGAUGAACUCAGACACUGCAGACUGAAAAAUAAACACUUGCACAGAUGCACUUAAUAAGCAAGGUCGCCUUGUUUUUUUUGCCUUUCACGUCUAAUACUAUGGAGGGGGGUGAAGGAAAUCUCAGGUCUUCUAUGUAAGGAUACACUACUUUUUGUUUUGUUUUGUUUUGACAGAGGUUUGUCUGCCCUGAAGCUCAUCACACACACACACACACACACACACACACACACACAUACAUGCAGUAGGAGAUACACAUAUGCAAGCAUCUCAACACAUGCAGCUACAGCCCUAGCUCUUUGUGUCUCUGGAGAUCACAGCCAUUCAGAAUAGACACUGUCCCUCCUCAGGGCACGUUUGAUUUAAAAUGUGCAUGAAAUGUGGAAUUGUUCCUGUUGGAUCCCUGCACCAUUCUUGUUGUAUCUAACUGCUCAAGAGUGACAGUAAAAUCGUCACAUUACUAACAUCCCGCUGCUAGGCUGUACAGGUCUUUAUCUAUGUUCAGAGUUUCUAUGUUCAGGUUAUGGUUAUUAAAGGUUAAGGGUUUUUCUACUCCUAGUUUGUCAGUUUAAGUAUCAUCUGUGGCCUCGGACAUGUUUGGUUUUCCACAUUUGUUUGUUUGUUUGACAAAGGGACCAAUCCAAGUCUUUGUGCAUGAGUUUUUCGUCUCGGUAAUCUCCCUGUAUCAAACCAUCCUAAUGCAGCUUUAAACAUGCGCUCUUUGCAAAGGGGGGACAUGAAGAGGCUCUGCUUGUACAUGUCAGAGAAACUGCAAUGUCUCAAAAGAGUUUUGUGUGGUAUUGAUAUUACUGGUUUGUUGACCCUUUUUUGAUAUGAAAUAAAGUCUUGUAU